CUGCUUUGGUUUCAGACCAUGGUUGAAAACUCUCCUUCUCCUUUGCCAGAGAGGGCUAUUUAUGGAUUCGUUCUUUACCUUGGUUCUCAGUUCGGCUUCUUUCUUUACUGCCUGUGGGCGUUUGUACCAGAGGAGUGGCUCCAUUCAAUAGGCCUCACCUACUGGCCUCAAAAGUAUUGGGCCCUUGCUCUGCCAAUCUAUCUGCUGGUUGCAUUAGCUGUGUGUGUGGUGGUGCUGUUCGGAGUGAACAUGACCAACACAGCCCCGCUGGACUCUGUGGACAACAUCACAGGUGAGAUGUGUACGCACAAGGCCAGAGGGCAGAAGGCUAUAGGAAGGGAGGUAUACCGCGGCUUUGCGACGUUUCCAUCAGUGAAGUCAACAAAAUAUUCUAUUUGUCACCAAGGACCUGAAGGAAAGAAAAUGAGAAUUUCGGGGAAUGUUCGGAUGAUUUAUUUUGAGGGCAGCACCGCGUGGCUGAUGCACAUUUUGAUUCGCCAGAAGAAGAGACUAUUGCUUUUCCAGUUUACUGUCGAGCCCCCAGCUGAGGUAGUGCAGCUGUUUGGCACACAUCUGGCGCAGGUCUCGCCUCUUCCCGGGGGCUGCUGCGGGGAUAGGAUGGCUUUCCCGGGCCCGGUGUGGCUGGCGGUGCAGGAGGAGCUCCUGGGUUACGCGGAGGAAAACAAUGGCGCCCCGAGCUGCUUCGACCACUUCGACGACAAAGACUUGUUCGAGAUGUUUCACCUCACCAGACCCUGCAUCUCCUUCAUCACGGAGGCCGUCCGCGUCCGCAUGAAGGCGGUGGCCUUCAAGAAACCCCUGCCCUCCGUGGACGCCAUGAUCAUGAUGUCGCUGCACUAUUACGCGCACGGAGUCUUCAACCUGGGCGUCCUGCAGAGAGCCAUCAGCUCCCCGCCGGCCAGCCUCACGGCCGUGGUCAGCUCCGUGUCCGGCGUGCUGGCGGGGAUGUCGGACGUGUUCAUCUCCUUCCCCCUCACCCCGGGGGCCAGGGAGAGGACCGCCGCGAAGAUGGAGGACUUCUGCCGGAUCCCCGGCGUGCUGGGCGUCCUGGCGCCGGCCCACUUCAAGAUCAGAGCCUCCCCCUACGAGAAGGACUCGUUCAAGUGUUUCGUCAACGCCCUGGGCUACACGUCCGUGGUCAGCCAGUUCAUCUGCGACUCGGAGGGCAACAUCCUGAGCGUGGAGAAGUGCUGCGCGGGCAACACGCCCGAGCAGGAGAUGUGGCAGUCCUCGUUCCAGGGCAGGGAGGUGGAGGAGGACCUGCACGGGCCGUUUUGGUUGAUCGGUGGGAAAGGCUACAACCCCAGCAAGCACGUGUUGACUCCUGUGUUGAAGCCUGCGAACAACAAGGAGGUCCGGUUCAACGAGGCCCACACCAGGGCCCACAACGUCAUGCAGAUCACGCUGGGCUCCUUGAAGAGGCGCUUCAGCUGUUUGAUGCAGCUGGGCUUUGCCGACGAGGACGCUUUGAACAAAAAGUCAAACAUUAUCAAGGCAUGCAGCGUGCUGCACAACAUAGCUAAAAAAUUCUCCGUCCCACUUCCGCCUGAGUCCGGUCAGAUCGAGCCUCUGUUUCCCGGGAGGCAGCAUUUGGUGCCAGCAGAAGACAGCUCUGAGGCGCUGAAUGCUAGAGAGAAACUUAUUGACAGGAUCUUCACAGCUCCUCCCAGUAAUCAGGGGCCGUCGGGUCCCACAAAUGAAGAAGUGUAA